AUGGCUCCAACUGCUCUUGUGUCUAUCUUGACCGAUCCACUCAGGAUCGUGAACCAACUAUUACUUCCUCAUACAACCGAAUACGUUCAAAUCGACACAAUCGAGCAAGCUCAUGAGGCAAUACGCUCGAUGAAGAUUCGGGGAGCCCCCGCCAUAGCAUCGCUGGCAGCACUUGCUUUCGCCGCUCAUAUUUCUCGCGGUACUGAUGCGUCUGCGUCCUUUACAUCUUCACCCGAUGCAGUAAGAGCGGAAGUAGAGUCCAUCUUGGCUUUUCUUUAUACUGCGCGACCAACUGCUGUGAAUCUGGGUGCGGCAACUCGUCGGUUGACUGCAACCCUCAAUGCUUCACAUGCCUCUGGGAAAGAUGCGCGAACAAUUUGUGAAGAUCUUGUGGCAGAAGCUCACAAGGUUGCGGAUGAAGAUGUUGGCCGAAACAAAGCAAUGGCCAAGUGGGGUGGAGAUUGGCUUUUGGGGCGGCACGGAGGGGAGAAUAACCUCAAUGUGCUGACCGUCUGCAACACAGGAUCUCUCGCUACUUCGGUACGACGGAUAUGGCAGGGCACCAUAUAUGUCCAUGUCCUGGGCUUAUCUGUAGUAGGAACGGCCCUUGGCCUUAUCACCUACCUCCAUGAAACACAAAAGCUAGGAAUGGCAUAUUAUACGCAGACUGCACCAUACCAUCAAGGAUCUCGCCUUACCGCGCUGGAACUUCAAACCCUUGAAAUCCCUUCCACAAUGAUCUGCGACACAAUGGUGGGCUCUCUGUUCCAACAUUACAAGAUCCAUGCUGUCGCUGUUGGAGCAGAUCGGAUUGCGAAAAACGGCGACACAGCCAACAAGAUCGGCACUUAUAAUGCGGCCGUCCUUGCAGCACGCCAUAACAUCCCCUUCAUUGUCGUUGCACCUAUCAGUACUGUUGAUCUUAGUCUCGCGGACGGCUCAGGCAGGAUACCCAUUGAGCAACGCCCUCCGAUAGAGGCUUGUCUUGUCCGUGGCGCCAUCUAUCCUGCAGAUGCAAACUCGAGCCAGGCAACAGUCAUGAUUACUCCGCCUGGUUUGACUGGCAUUUACAACCCCUCUUUCGAUGUAACUCCAGCAGAGUUGAUAACUGCGAUCGUGACUGAGAAGGGCGUCGCAACAAGGCAGCCGGGAGAAUUGACAUUUGACCUAUCCACUGUGGUAUAG